GCUCAGAGAAGUAGUCCAGCCACUCAGAAGCACCCAGCCUGACUCCUGCAGCUGCAUCAGACACUUCGCUCAACCACCUGUUGCCAAAUCAGUGAGAACAUUUAUUUCUGUGACUCACUAGUGGUGUGAGAUCUCUGAGGUCGUUCAGAUCACUGCAGCUCUGAGACUCAGAGCCAACAUCAGCAGAUCAUGAGGAUGCAACAGCACUCGCACACCUUCCUGGCCCUUAUCCUCGUGGUCUUCAUCUUUAGGAUAGUUCUGUCUGGUUCCUCCGUGAUCAGAGUGAGACGUCAAAACAUGAAAGUCCGCAUCAGCACCACAGGAGACACCAUUGUGAUGACCUUUUUGCGUCCCAACACUGACACCAGGCUUGAGGGAUACAUCCUGGGCUAUGGCAGCAGCAUGUUCUCCAAACAGUUCAUUCAGCUGCCAGAAAAUGGAGAGCCAUAUGUGACAGAGUUUGAUGCUGAGCCUAAGUACCUUAUAGCUGUCCAGCCCAUUCCAGCUAAUGAGGUGAAAAAGCAGUGCACAGGUAAAGUGGAACUCGAGAAACCACUGCACCUCGUCAUUGGGUCAGUGACACCCACCUCAGUUCUUCUGUCCUGGGGGACACUGCUGAAAACCCCUUAUGAAGGCAACAUCAUGAAUGACUGUCUCGAGGAUGGACACUACACAGUGCGUUAUCGUGAGAAGAACAGGAGGUGGAACUACCAGACCUGCCCUACAAGUGAUACAGUAAUUGACAAUCUGAAGCCAAACGCAGUCUAUGAGUUUGGCGUCCAGCCAAACUCUAAGGACGGCACUGGUGCGUGGAGCAGGCCGGUCAUUCACAAUAUCAGCAUAGCAAGAGCAGAAGAGAAGGCCAUCAGGAAAAUCUUUAAGCGCCCUGUCAGCCCUGUGCAGAAACCUGGAACUUCAAAUUCCCACUCCUCCCUAUUUAAUCACCAAGUUCACCAUAACAGGACCAGGACCUUCUCCAGGAACAUAACCCCACAGAUGACUCUUGCUCCAACCACACCUACUACUACUACUAAGGAACCCCUGUCAACUCCUGGAUCCACAACACCUGUGUUCAACAAACAGCCAAUUGGUACCGGUGUCCUCAGGUCGUCUGAAGUUCCUCGUUCUUCCAUUAGCUCAUCCGUUCCUACAGCAGGAAGAAACACCACCCCGCCUCGCACCUGGGUUCCUUCUCAUUCCACUAAUCAUGUUGUCAGACCAUUCUCACCAUCCAGGACAGUCACUUCCUCCCACAGUUCCAGCACACCUGGCGCAGCCAGUGGGGUGCAUCAUAGAGGUGGGGUGUGGUCCAAAGAAAAACCUGGUCUGCGUCCCCCUGCCCCUAGCAACAAGAAGACCAACCAGGUGGGAAAGCCUAGCAGUCACGAUAAACCCGCGGACAAGAAACAAGGAGAAAAAGGCUCCAUCUUGGAGCUGUUCCCUCUGGUGACAGCCAAACCCAAGCAAGAGCGCAGACAGCAGACGACCACCACGGCCCCUGUGUUUAACACCAGCCACUUUGACAUAUAUGAAAACUCCUCCAUAUUCAGCUCCUUGCCUGCUUCAGAGGUAGACAGCAUGGGCAAUCCACGCUUUAUAGCUCCCCAUGUUAUCUACAAGACGGAUAAGAAGCCACAUGAGCCGUGCUCCAUCACCUCCUCCCUUGCUUACUUCCCCGAUGAGGAAGGCAGCGAUCAGAAUGUGACCGGUCCUCCCCGCCUACCUCCGUCCAACCUCACUGUGGUUACCGUGGAGGGCUGUCCAUCCUUUGUCAUUCUUGACUGGCAGAAAACCGACAACGAAACCAGAGAGUAUGAAGUUGUUUCCACCACUACGGGCCCGAAUGGAAGGGAGAUGUCAGUACUGACAACCAACCAGACACACACAGCCGUGGAGAAUCUCAAACCAGAGAGCAGUUAUGAAUUCAAAGUAACACCAAAGAAUGAGCUGGGAACUGGACCCUCCACUGAUCCUGUAACUUUUAGCACAGAGUCAGCGGACCCUCGAGUGAGCGAGUAUGUUUCAGGAAAAGAUGCCAUCUGGACUCAGUUUCCAUUUAAAGCUGACGCCUACUCUGAAUGCAGUGGAAAGCAGUACGUGAAGAGAACUUGGUAUCGCAAGUUUGUGGGCAUCCAGCUGUGCAACUCCUAAAGAUACAAGAUCUACCUGAGUGAAUCUCUCAAUGGGAAGUUUUACAACAUAGGGGAUCAGACGGGAUACGGCGAGGACCACUGUCAGUUUGUGGACUCCUUCCUGGAUGGCCGGACUGGCAGCCAUUUACUGGCUGACCAACUCCCAAGCAAACUGGGCUUCUACAGAGCACUGAGACAAGAGCCCGUUUCCUUUGGGGAAAUUGGAGGAAAGUCGCACACAACUUACGUGGGCUGGUAUGAGUGUGGCACACCCAUACCUGGAAAGUGGUAAGACCUCAAAGGACUGUCCAGGAAGAUGGACUUAGGAUGGACUAGGCGAUGAGGAAGAAGAUGGACAUCAAAGACGCCCGAGUGAACCCGAAGGGAGGUGGGCCGUCCCACCUGUAGAUGGCUCUGUCUGUUUGAAAUCACUCUCCCGUCCCAGACGUGAUCAUCUACAGGACUAUUAGGCGUCACAAAACUCUCUAGUGAAUUUAUCAAAAAUGUCCUUGCGGACAAAAGAAUGCAGGAGUUUGAGUGAUCCAAAAUGUUGAAUAUACAUUUAAUCACAAGAGAAAAUCUUGGGAAGCUGGCUCCCAAAGUGUAAUGACUUAUAUGAUAAUAUUUAUCAAGAAUAUUGAAUAUUAUGUGUCCUCUGGCUUUUGAGAUAAAG